AUGGAGGGUGAGACAGAGGGUGUGAAGUUUAAAGUGCUGAAGGCUCAAGAGUUUCCAGAAUUCCCUCAUGGCAAAUUAAAAAUGUGGCUUGCCCCUCGGCCUGUUUUACAACCGGAGAGGACAAGGAACAAUAGAUUAAGUGUAGAGAAUGUGACAGAAUGGGGUGAUGAUGUGAGACCGAUGUCUGAAGAUGAAGCCAUGGUCAUAGUCAACCAUCAGUCUACAGGAGACGUGUGCACCCUAAUGAUGUGCUUGCAGGACAAGGGCACGGUUGUACAAAAGAUGAUGUGGUUGAUGGACCAUGUUUUUAAAUAUACCAAUUUUGGGGUUGUGUCCCUGAUUCAUGGAGAUUUCUUCAUCAGGCAGGGCAAAGCACAUCGAGAAAAGCAACUAGUUUACUUGAAGGAUCACCUAGACAAGUAUUACUACAGCAGAGACAGGAAGUGGAUUGUGCUGUUUCCUGAGGGCGGCUUCCUAAGAAAGAGGCGAGAGACAAGUCAGUCCUUUGCCAAAAAGUAUGACUUGCCUUACUUGACUCACGUAACACUGCCACGGCUGGGCGCCACACAGAUUAUCCUGAAGACCUUAGGACCCCAGCAGGAAAACGGCAUUCUGGGAACAGAGGGAAGUCCACCAGGUCAAAGUAACAAAGCAAAAGGACUACAGUGGGUAAUAGAUGUGACCAUAGCCUACCCUAAUGCAAGACCCAUGGACAUUCAGACAUGGAUAUUUGGUUACAGAGAUCCAACAGUCACACAUGUACAUUACAGGACAUACCCUAUAAAGGACGUCCCAGUAGAAUCAGAAGCGCUGACAGAUUGGCUGUAUCAGCGGUUUGUGGAAAAGGAGAAACUUCUGGCUCACUUCUACAAGACAGGAGCAUUCCCUCCACUAGACGGCCAAAAAGAGGUGGUCUCCCGAAAUAUGACCCUUGACAAUGUUUGGCUGCUUUUCGUCCAAACGUUCGCCUUCGCCUCAGGCUACAUGUGGUACAGCAUUCUAAAUCACAUCUACUGCUGGUUCUUCUGACCGCUCUGAGGAGAGCGUAACGCGCAGGAUGGAGGAGACCAAGAUCCCCGAUUGCCAUUCUCCUCUGCCGGAUGGUCGAAUGUGUCCCCGCAGGAAGACUCGAGUUGCUGUAUCCGAUCGCGGUCCCCAUCCUUACUUCGGACAGACACAUCCACCCAAUCCCAGCUGCCCGUGCAGACAUGCGUUUAUCCCUUAGAUUUGUGUAGAACCAGUUCAACACGUUUACACCUGCGCGCUCACAUGCAGAGAGAAAAUGAUGCACAUCUAAAUGUUUACUCAUGCACAUGUGGGCCCCCCCCCCCCCCACCCCUUUUUUUAUUAUUAUUUUAUUUUUUUUUACUUACAAUCAAAAUUAGGCUCAGGAAUAAGCCAGAGAUAGAUCUGUCACGACCUCUUAUUUCUCUCAUGUCCUGCCACGUGAGCUUCUCCCCCUUUUUAUUGUUAACUCCCAAACAGGAUGACUGAAAUUCGUUUCAGAGACUGCUGUCCUCUUUGGAAGAGCCUGCUCUGGCCUUCAUUGCACUAUGAAUCCUCAUGUCAUUUCAUCCUUGUGGCGGUUUCUUCUCGCGUUGACUGGAUAUUGUUGUCUGUGUGUAUUGUCAGUAUUGAUAUUCAGUGUUGUUUACACUGACUGAAGCGGGAUUCGGUUUUGAUGACGCGUCGCGGGAGGGCAAGGGAAUUUCAAAGACUAACCUGGUUCUUGUUUUAAAACAAGGAGACUGCGUCCUCUGGAGAACUUUACACAAUCGACGCCAUACACACACAUCCAAGCGCACCACAUGACUGCCACAUGACGAAUUCAAUAGGACAAAUACCCCUCACCUCCAAAGUUUUACAAAUAUUAAGCCAUAUGCUUAUCUUAGGGUCAGGGGGGGGCGGGCAUUCUAAUGACUGAACUUUUGUGUUUGUUCAUUGUCCUAAAAAGAUUUUAAUUUGUUGAUUUUUGAGUCUCAAACUGGUCUCAUUUCUGUAAAUGUUGACAGCAUAACCUGCCUGUGUGAUUGUGUGCGACUGGCCGUUUCUUUUUUUUUUAUAUUAUAAUUUUUUUUUUAGAUGCACAUAAUGUCUGGUAACUUCGUGUUAUAUCAGAGUGUUGGCAAAUAUCUGUUUAAUAGUUGACAUUUUACUUUCUUCUUCCUCAUUCUGUGGUUAAUCUUGUGCAGAAAGGAGUCUGAGCUUCAGUCACUCUCUGCGUUUUUACUUCUGAAAUAUCAUGAGUGUUUAAGAAAGACGGAGAGAAAGCAGCAAGGAUCUUGGCAGGUGCAUAAGUUGCUCUCAGUAUCUGAGCGUCACUUCGUCUGCCGCUUGCCGUCUUCUGCGGCGGUCGUGUGGGCGCAUUUCUGUUCAUCAAAAGAAACCGUCUUCAAACUGCUGCCACACGGAAAGAAACGGAGGCGUAGAUUCGAUUUUGCGCGGAGGCACACAAUGUUUUAGAUUAGCUUUAGACUAUCUCGAGGAAAAUGGAAACGUUUUCCUCGAGCUUGACAAAAUUGCGUUUUUCAUGUGUGAAAUUGGAUCUGUUUGUGUGUGUUAGUGGCGAAGAAUGCCAUGCUCGAGUCCGUCUGCGUUUGCUCCUCGUGUCGAAAGGGACUAUAUGGGCGAGGUCCAGCAAUAAUGUACUCAAAAAUAAAUGCCCAUGUUGUUUCGUUCUAAAGAAACGAUGCUUAGAUGUACAAAUUAGAUAUUUGUAGAUGAAAAACAUUGUCAUUUCCCCCCUAAGCCAUGUCAUCUGUGAACGUGAACUUUGUUUCUAUAGCUUGCCAGAUUGAAAUGUGAAUGACGCCAGAAGACUAAAGCCAAGUUAGAUGCGGACUGCAUUCAGAGCAGGCUACGUCUCCAUGAACUUCACCGCGAGGAUCUCAGACACUGGGUUCAUGGUCUCAUUCUCGCUGUGUGUCAGACUGAGACAUAACAUUGUUUUCCUAAGUAUGGUUUUAUGUUUUUUUUUAAAAAGUGUGAGAUAUAUCUAUAUAUUAGCAGUUUAACCAAAUUACAAUAGAAUGGUCCAUAAUUUUCAUUUUGUACUCCUGUUUGUCUUCCUAGCUACCCAGCCAUUUUACAACACAAAUUAAUUGUGCUGGAAUAAAAAUCAUGCGCAGCAGUGACCCACGGGCUCUUCUCUGAGUGUUAUUGAUCUGAAAGCAUUCGUUGCAUUUGUUCAUCUCUGAAUCCCUCUGAUCAGACGUUUGGCUUUUAAAGUCAAUGUGAAUUGCAGUGUUUGUUCUUUGGAAUGACGUGCACCAAUGAAUCGUUCAUAGUAAAACGUGGAUCAUGCAUUCGAUCAAUUUUGAUAUUUAAACAUAUGCCUCAGCUGCCUGUGUGUGUAUAUAUAUUGCACUUUAUGUUCAGAAGAACGGCCUGAGUUGGUUCUUUCUGUGAAUAGGGUAUAAAUAGGUUCCAUUACUUCAACAAUAAAAGCACAAAUUCCAUCUGUUGAGAGAAAUAUGUUAGAUUUGAAAUCUAGCAUUGGCAUAGAAUUAAGCUAGUUCACCAAACAUACCAACAGUAAAAUGAAUUCAAAUGGUCAUCAAUCACAGUCUGUAUUGAUUUAAUAAAAAUAAAAAAAUUCAGAAUGCUGGCGAGACCAGUAAAUGAUCUCAUUUCAUUUUUCUUUUAGUUUACAAAAUGUUCAUUGAAAGUGCCCGUUGCUUUGGUUACUUAUGUUCAGUACAAUCAUAUCUAAUUAUUAUAUCUGUGUUUUGGUACAUCUUAAUUGUAAACUAGGUUUUUGGCGGUUGACUGAAGCAGUAGUCAAAACUUCAGCUGCAAAUUUGAGCUCACACACAGGUAUUAAUCAAAAUAAUAAAGAACAAAAGCAAAAGAAUGACGGUGAGAGAUUUUCCACUUCUAAUGGGUAUAUGUAUAUAAGUAUAUGUAUGUUGUCCUUUAUUCCUUGCUGGAUUUGGUGUUCUUGGAAGCCCUCAGAAAUAAAUUGUAACCUAUACCAGAUCCAAACACAUACAUUUGAACGUUGACAACUACAGUGAUUUAAUGUUUUUUAUUAUUAUUAAUAUAUUUUUUUUGUUUGUUUGUUUGUUUCCACAAAGCCAAUAAAC